AUGCCGGCCGAGAUGGAGCUGGGAGCCAACCUAUACUUUCCUGGGGCUUGCCUUGCCUCAACAUCUAAAAAAAGAAAGAAAGGGCGGCGCCGAAAAGGAACCAGCCCAGCCUCUUCAAGAAAGCUUUGCUUGGUAGGCGCUGCCUACUCACUCAGACAAUGCUCUGAACACGAAAGUCCCCGUAAUUCGAGUGAGAUUGUCAUGGCGCAAAAGCAGAUAUGGUCCGGUAUUCCCUUGUUCCCUGUAUUGGUUAUGUUCUUUAUUUCUUGUCUAGCAGAAACUAAUCGAGCUCCGUUUGAUCUCCCAGAAGCGGAAGCUGAAUCAGUUGCAGGCUAUAAUGUAGAAUAUGCGCGGGAUGCGAUCCUUAAUAGUUCACUAUUGGCGGAAGCCAAUGUCCCGGGUCCUGGGGACUCAUUCUGA